AUGGAGACGAGCAGUCCAGCCCCACCCAGGCUCCUGGAACUUGCAGCCCACAGCCCGCUGAGCAGUGAGGCUUCGCCUCUCCCUGCCUUGGAAGAGUUCACUGUCAGCCUCUUCCCGCCGCUGCUCACUGCUGCGUUUGCCAAGGGUCACAAGAAGGCUCUGAAGGCACUGGUGCAGGCCUGGCCCUUCCCCUUUCUCCGUCUGGGCUCUCUAAUAGUGCAGUGGCCCAACCAAGACAGCUUGCAAGCUGUGCUGGAUGGGCUGGAAGUUUUCCCUGCCUGCAGGGCUUGUCCCAGGAGGUCGGAACUGAGGGUUCUGGAUUUCACCCUGGACUUUGAGCAGGUCCAGGGUCAAGACCUGGAUUUCAUCCGGGAGCUGGAGGUGUUUGACUGGUUCCGGGCCCUGUCGGAGCACAGCCUGUUUGCCACCCAGCUGGGAAGAAUCUGUAAUCUGUGCAGCCUCAAGCUGGCCUACUACCACUGGGCCUUCUCCCCCGAGGGCAGGCAGUCCUCUAGCUACUUCCUGUCCCAGCUCAGCAAGUUGGGCCACCUCCAGAAGCUCCACCUAUCUUAUUCCUACCUCUCAGGCAACCUGCAGCAAGUGCUCAGCUGCCUGCAGACACCCCUGCACACCCUGGAGAUCCGCUCCUGUACGCUUCUGGACACCGACAUCACCUACUUGUCCCAGAGCUUUCACGCCACCCACCUGAAGAAGCUGGAUCUCAGUGGCAACAACCUGUCCCACGUGGUCCCUGGGCCCUUAGAGACCUUGCUGGAGGAGGUCUCAGGGACGCUGCACUCCCUGGGCCUCUCCGACAACCCCAUCUCCAGGGCCGGCCUGCUGAGCCUGCUGGAGCACACGGCAGGGCUGAUGGAGCUGAAGCACGUGCUCUACCGUAUCCCGGUUGAGUGCUUCGUGUACCUGGACGGCCUCUCCUGGGGCCCUGUCAACGAAGAGAAGCUGUACCAGGUGCAGGCUGAGCUGCAGAAGCUGCUGCAGGCCUUGCAGUGGGCUGACAUGCAGUGGACCCCCACUUGCCCUCACCCUUGGCCUUGA